CGAGGAGUAACACCCCAGCAAAAGUUAGACCGAUGUUGUCUUUCAGUGACAUCCCCCUGCCAAGUCAACUGGACGGAGGACAAAGUAGUGAUGAUGAGAUAGAGGAGCGUUCCCGUGCCCGUGCACAGAGGAGGUACAGUCGGCGCAUCAGCCACUGUGACCAGCGGGUCGGCGCCUUCAUGACCCUGGGUUCGCUGGAACCGGGCCAAGCCUUUGGUCUGGCCCAUGUAUCGGAGGCCCCAAUCCCGCCACACCUGAGCCUGGUGAGCCGGGGCGCCAGCAUCCUGCACGUCACACUGCGGGACUUCAGGGCCGUGUCUGAGGGACAGUCGGCUUUAUUGGGACUCGACACGGAAAAGGUGGAAGUACCAGCGGAGAGAGAACUAUGCGAGCGCUUCUUCCAAGAGAGCCAAUGGGAAAGUUACAAGCGACGCGUGGUGGAACAAGCCAUGGUGGACAUCCACCGGCCAAAGGACGGACUGGGCCUGCGCAACUAUGACGUCAUUGAUACCUACCCGACAUCAGAAGACAACCUUGUUAUAGCAGGAAGAUCUAGAAGAGACGUGCACUUCUGGAAUGGAUUGAUAGGGGACGCUGUUCGCCAGCGGUCACACCAAGACACGUCGUCGUCUCGGACGGCGCGCAGGCGACUGGGCAGUGAGUACAUAGCCAGUCCUGUCUAUGCCCGGGACAACAGGGGGGAUCUGAGGCUGAUAGACGGGAUCCAGGACAGGAGCCGCGCGCCAAGUCGGAACCAGUAUGGCCUGAAGUGUCACCACUUCGUACAAGAAGAAAGUUGAUGUCACUUUCAAACGGCACUAGAUAUACACAAAUCAACGUCAACGUCAAUCCCUUUCGAGG